UCCGCACCCUAAUACGUUCCCAAGGAAUUAGUCCAAUAAAACCCUAAUAAUAUUCCAAAUUCCAGAUUCUGAAGUUCUGUUCGAUUCAAUUCAACCAUGUCGCAGUUCGACGAAUUCACUCUCCAUGAACCAGACCCGAGCCCAACCGACCCUCAUGCACAUUCUCAUACCCAAUCCAUCGAUCCCCUCGCACGUCGCCGUACAUUUAUUUCCUCCGUCACCGACCGCAACCCUUUUGAUUCCCAAAGUUAUGACUCUGAUUGGUUUUCCGAUUUGGGCUCCGCCUCGGACCGGGACGUGGGCCGCUUCCUCAACGAUCUCUUCGAGCGCCGAUCUGAUGAUGGUUAUGAUUUACACGCUUUCGAUGUUCCUGGCUCGGGCUCCGACCCCUUUUCCGAGUUCGAGUUCGAGUUCGCAAAUGGUGGUGAAUUCGGAUCGGAUCAAGAGGAACUUCCGGGUAUAGGGUUUGGAUUUGAAAUUGAAUUCGAUGCGCAGUACUCAGCUGGCGAUGGUCUCCGCGUUGCUGGACUUGAUUCUGAGUCGGACCCGAGUGUGGAAUUCAAUUCCGAGGAUUCGAAUUUUCGCUUGGAAAACUUUUGUUUGGAGGAGCAGAGGACUGGGCUUGAGGGUUUCGAAUGGGAGGAAGUUGAGGAAGGCGUUUUUAAUCAGAGAGAAAACCUAGGCAUAAUGGUCGAGGGGGUCGAAGAGUUAUCGGUUGGUUCAUCCGAAGAAGUAGGGGUGCGAAAUCUUGAGUGGGAAAUUCUAUUAGGUGCGAAUAUGAGGUUAGAACGUGCAUUUGAUGCGGAUUCAGAUUCGGAUUCGUAUCUAGCGGCAUUUCAGGAUGAAUAUGAUGCGGAACCGGCUGAAUAUGAUACCAUUUUUGGGCGAUUUGGGGAUAACGGAAGGGGCAGCCCUCCGGCAGCGAAAAGGGUUGUGGAGAAUCUUCCUUUUGUGGAGUUAACGGUGGAGGAAUUGCAGACUAACGCUUUGGUCUGUGCAGUUUGUAAGGACGCGAUUGUAGUGGAGGAAAAGGUGAGGCGGCUUCCCUGUUCUCAUUAUUAUCACGGGGAUUGCAUUGUGCCGUGGUUGAGUAUAAGGAAUACCUGUCCUGUUUGUCGGUAUGAAUUACCCACCGAGGAUACGGAGUAGAGGGUUGGAGGUGGUGGGGGCGGUGGCAGUGGGGAAAUGCGCGUCGAGGAGCUGGGCUUGCAGGCAUAGCUCAGGCACAUGGGACAUAUACAAGAGCAACACCUGUACCUGAUUGGCUAGGGAUACGAGGAAGUCAUGAAUGUUCAGACCAUUGAAGUCUAGUAUAAUCGACCAAUGGAGUAAAGUGUAUAUAGCUGCUCUUUAUAUAUAACUAUCAAAUGUGCUCCUUGGAAUUUUCUUGGAAAGAAAUUACUCUUCAUUCGAGCUUAACUGGUGCUUUUGCAUUGUAAUAUGUAUAUUCAUCAAAUUUGAUCGUGUUCAUUGAAAGAAGUGUUCAAUUUGUGAUUCA